CAGCCCAGAGAAGCUGCGCUCACGGGUGGCCGCUGCUAUGGAGCCUCUGGGAACAGCAACCAUUUUCCUGGCAAUCUGCUUCUCCUGCCUUGUCUUCUUUGUGAUCAGGCGCAGCAGGCCAGGGGAUAAGAAGCUGCCCCCUGGCCCAGUUCCUCUGCCCAUUAUAGGGAAUGCUCUGCAGUUGAAGAUGAACAGCUUGCCUCAGACUCUCCACAAGCUCAGUGAAAAGUACGGCCCUGUCUUCACGCUGUAUUUUGGAGCGGAACGUGUCGUGGCUCUGUACGGCUAUGAAGCAGUCAAAGAAGCCCUAAUUGACCACGCAGAUGAAUUUGCUGCAAGGGGAAGCCUGCCAUUUUUUGAAAAAAUCAAUAAGGGGCAAGGAAUUAUAUUCAGCAAUGGGGAGAAAUGGAAAGAGAUCAGGCGUUUUGUCCUCACCACCCUGCGCAAUUAUGGAAUGGGAAAGAAAAGCAUUGAGGAGAGGAUCCAGGAGGAAGGCCAGAGGUUGCUGGAAAAGCUCCGAGAUACCCAGGAAAAGCCCUUUGAUCCAACGUUUCUGCUCAGCUGUGCUCUCUCCAAUAUCAUCUGUGCCAUUAUCUUUGGGAAGCGAUUCGAAUAUGACAACAAGAGGUUUAUGUAUGCUAUGGACUUAUUCAAUUACAACUUCAAGGUUCUGAGCUCUGCUUGGGGACAGCUCUACACUCUCUUCCCCUCUUUCAUGGACUUCAUUCCUGGGCCUCACCACAGAGCGAUAAAAAAUAUGGCCAGCAUAAAAGAGUUUGUUUUAGAGGAGAUUGAGGAGCACAGAGCAACUCUGGACCCCAAUGGACUUCGGGAUUUUAUUGACUGCUUCCUUAUUAAGAUGGACCAGGAAAAACAUAAUGGCGGCUCUGUGUUCACUGUCGACAACUUGGCUAUAACCACUUCUAACUUGUUUGCAGCAGGAACAGAGACUACCAGUACCACAUUGAGAUAUGGGUUAUUGAUCCUCCUUAAACAUUCAGAGGUACAAGAGAAAGUGCAUGAAGAAAUAGAGCGAGUGGUUGGCCGAACACGAAGUCCUUGCAUGGCCGAUCGUGGACAGAUGCCUUACACAGAUGCUGUCAUCCACGAGAUCCAGAGAUUCAUCUCUCUGAUCCCACUGAAUGUUCCACAUGCAGUGGUCAAAGAUACCCCAUUCAGAGACUAUGUCAUCCCAAAGGGCACCACCAUCUAUCCUAUUCUGAGCUCCGUGCUUCAUGACGACACAGAAUUUCCAAACCCCAAAGAAUUUGACCCACAACAUUUCUUGCACAAAGAUGGCACCUUCAGGAAGAGCAACUUCUUCAUGCCGUUCUCAGCAGGUAAGCGCAUCUGUGCGGGAGAAGGUUUGGCUCGCAUGACGCUCUUCUUGUUCCUCACCACCAUAUUGCAGAACUUCAUGCUGAAGCCCCUCACUCACCCCAAGGACAUCGAUCUCACACCCCAGCUGAGCAGCCUUGGCAAUGUACCCCAGUCCUAUCGGCUCUGUGUUGUCCCUCGCUGAGAAGGGUGCAGGACUGGGGCGAGCUGGACACGUGUCCUGGGCAUGGAGUUCAGUGGCUAAGCAUUUAUUGACUGUACUGUCUAUAGGGAGCUAGUGUAAAACAAAAACAAAAACUGGUCAUUUAAUUUCCUUUUUUAAAAUCAACAGGUUAUUUGGGUACCAGCUACAAAAUGAUUUUCCACUAAUUACCUUUAAAGUACCUUUCCUUUUCAGUUUGAUGCCAUUUCCCUAGAUCAAAAUCCGGGAUCAUGCCUUUACUUUGAAGCAAUAUUGCCUAGUAUUGCAAACAGAUACUAGAAAUGCUAUACAUGAUGAGGAUGAUGAAUGAGAAAUGAUGAUGAUGAAUUGGAAAAAGGUGAAUGGGUAUUUUUUUUAUUUUUAGCAUUUCUUUAUUAUUUUCAAUGACAAUGUUGCAAUCAUGGUGUCUAGAAUUGGUGCAGGAGAAUCCUGGCAGCAAUGCUGCAAAUUACUGAGAGGUACAUGGGAGCAUAGAAAGCUGCCUUAUACUGAAUCAGGCCAUUGUCCCAUUUAGCACAGCAUUGUCUGCAUUGACUGGCAACAGCCCUGCAGGGCUUUAGACACAGAGUCUUUCCUUGCCCAACAUGGCAAUCUCUGUACACACUUUCCUCUAAAAUACACAUUUUUGAAUGCCUUGUCCAUUCAGAUGUUCAUGACUGAACACAUGCAGAACUGAUAUAGAACAGGAGGAGGCUGAUCCAUCCAUCUUGAAAAGGCUGUUGUUUUAGCAAGCAUUUAAAGACAUGACGAAGUUUGAACUUGGGGCCUUCUGCACCCAAAGCAGAUGCUCUACCACUGAGCUACGGCCCUUUCCAUGGACUUUGCUGGGAAAGUCUCUGGGGUCUGUAACACUGCUCAGUUUUGCAAUCCUGCACAAGCCACACCACUUAGCAACGCUGAAAAACCUCCAAGGAGAUAGCUCCAGCUCCAUUUUAUAUAAGCUUUGUUUAUUCAAACGGAUGCUUCAUGUGUAUCCCUCCCCCCACACACACACACAGUUUUAGGCUGCAAUCUUAUGCGGGUAUAGCCGGGAAUAAAUUUGAUCUCAGUGGGACUUACUUCUGAGUAUGCAUGUAUAAAGUUGCACUGUUAAUUGUUUUUCUGAUGAUUUAGUCCUGCUUUAUUGUCUUGGUGGUUUAAAACCUGAUUUUUUGAAAAUGUUUGUUUUUAUAUAUUUAUGCGCUGCUUUGAAUCCAUUGUUAAAAAGGAGGGGAAAAUGAAUGGUACUGUGAUGUCCCUGUAUAUAUAUGACUGUAAAUAUGGUAAGUGCACGGUAGUAGUGUUAACUUUCCAUGGGAAGGGCUAGUUUUUUCAUAGGAGUAGAUUUGUUCCUCCACGUAGUCCAUUAGAAGAAUCACUGGAGGAGGGUGUCUUGUUUUCCCCGAGACGGAUGUCAAAUUCUCUAUAAAAGAGAUCACCAAUCCUGUGCCCUCCAGAUGUUGCCAGACUGCAACUCCCAUCAUCCAUGACCAUUGACCAUGCUGGCUGGUGCUGAUGGGAGAUGGAGUCCAAGAACAUCUCAAGGGUACCCCAUUGUCUACCCUAUACCUUCACCUCUCACCUGUUCAACGGUACCUCUUCUGUCCAUCUUGGCAAACUGAUUCAGGAGAAGAAACUUUGUGAACAGGACCAGGAAUGGGGCAUUAUUCUCUAAGAUUCUUCAGGUCCAGGAGGGAUUUUUAUUAGUAACGCUUGUAAAUUAAUUUAUUUUAUGCUUCCAUAGGUUUCAUUUGGUUUCUUUAACAUUAUGGCAGGUUGUGCACAUAAUGCUUAAUUAUCAAGUGCAUGAAUGAGUUAUGACAACUACACAAGGCCAUAGUACUACACAGUCUCGUACCAAAAGGCAGCAGUUGAUCAACUCUCAAUAAAGUGGCUUGAAUAGUUAA